AUGGCACCGAUCAAAACGGUUCGGAACAUACUUAUGGAGCUCCGUAAGAUAUGUCAACAUCCCUACCUAUCCGAACCAGAAUUAGAAUCAUUCGAUGUACCCGAGGUAGAACAGCAUAAGCAAUUAGUAGAAGCCAGUGGGAAAUUGAUGUUUCUCAAAUUACUUUUACCGAAAUUGAAAGAGAGGGGACAUAGAGUGUUGCUGUUCAGUCAGUUCAAAAUAGCCCUAGAUAGAAUCGAAGAUUUCCUGUAUGGCGAGAAUAUCAAAUACCUUCGAUUGGACGGUGAUGUCCAGCAAGCUCAACGACAAAAAUCGAUGGACCUUUUCAAUGCCCCUAAUUCAGAAUACGAUGUUUUCCUUCUGACGACUAGAGCAGGCGGUGUGGGUAUCAGUCUGGCUACUGCUGAUACUGUCAUACUAUACGAUCCGGAUUUCAACCCACAUCAAGAUCUUCAGGCAAUUGCAAGAAGUCAUAGAUAUGGGCAGAAGAAGAAGGUACUGGUUUUCAAGCUUAUGGUGAAAGGGUCGGUAGAAGAGAACAUCAUCAACAAGGGAAAGAAGAAGAUGGUACUUGAUCACCUGGUCGUCCAACAGAUGGGUAAAGAGUCCGAGGAAGGUGAUAUCGAUGAUUUACUCUUACGUGGGGCCGAAGCGGUAUACUCAAUGCAAGGAGGAAUUAACGUUCCUGAUAUCGUCUACAACUCCAAGAACGUCGACGAGCUGAUAGAUAAAGUGGAAGCUGAUGCUGAAGCUGAAGCUAAGGAAAUGGAAGAAAGGGAAAAGGCUAUAGCUGAAGGAACAUUAGAACCUAACAAGAACAAAUCGAAUCAACAAUUUGGUUUUGCCAAGAUAUGGGAAACAGAUCGGAAUCAGUUACAGACUAUUGCAGCUGAGGAGAAUGCAGAUGACAAUGAUGAACGAGAGAUCAACUGGGAAUCGAUUAUAGAUGCCAUGGAGAAAGAGAGACAAGAGAAAUUACAGGAGAUGAUGGAAAAUUCGACUAAAAAGAAACGAAAAGCUGCUAAGAAUGCCAACGUUGCAGACUUGACAUACCUGUCGGAUGGACUUUUAGAUAAUUCACCUACGAAGAAGAGUAAGAAAGGUAAAGGCAAGGCUAUCGCAGAUGGAUCAUCAGAGUCAGAAUACAAUAAGGACGGUAAGAAUAGUAAUAGAGGAAGUGAAAGUGAAGGUAGUGAAUUUAACGAUUUCUCAGAUUCCAAUAUGCCAGCAGAACUACAGGGCCUAGGUUUACCUGGAAUGCUGAAGAAAUCAAAGAUAAUGCGGAACACCCAAACUACCGAAAAUCUACCCACUGUACCUGAACCAAGCAAUAAUCCAUUACCUCUUCCUCCUCAUCCUACUUUACCGGGACUCAUCAACAACAAUACCAACCCCCUUGCACAGGGUCAAAUGCCAGCUCCUGCCGAGUCUUCUAAGCAAGCUCAGAUGAAGGAAGAUAAGCAAUCUAGGAAAAAGAGGCGACUCGAACACAAACAAGCCAUCGCAAAUGGCUCGAGCUCUAAUUCUACUCUCGUUUCUUACCCAUUCAAUAAUCGUUAUCAGCAGGUAUCCCCUGAACAACAGGUCAACCAACACAUCCUAGAACAGCGGUAUGCAGAAGCUAGACAUAUACUGAACUUGUUAUAUCAUAUCCUGCGAGAAUUCGGGAAUGAGAAAAACAUACGUCGUUGGGCAUUGAUCGCUUUACCGGAAUUGCCUGCUGGAGAAAGGAUCCAUCGAUAUACCAAACUAGCCGAGGAAGUCGACAAACAUCUAUCGUCAAUGAAUCAAUCAAUGUAUUUCUCAUUACCUGAACAACUCAGGAUAGUCUCGUUUCUUUUGAUUAGUCGAGAAGAUGUGGUGGCGAAAGGCAACUUGGGAGUACCGAACAUACCACCUGAUGUGGGUUUGAUCGUACCCCCGAAACAGGUCGCUGCUCCCGCUGCUCCUGCACCGCGCAUACGAAAGAAGGGCGAUACCACCUCCAAUGGAAACACUGCUACCCCUUAUCCGAUGCCAAUGGCAGGAGGGGGUACCGCACAACCUCAACACCCUCAAUCAUCAGCCUCGUCAAGUACGCUAUUCAACAGCUUGAUGGACGCUGCCCCACCCACUUGUCAAUUCUGCUCUGGUCAACAUGAACUGAGGGAUUGUAAAAACCUCUCGUCGAUGGAGGAUCUACAAGCUAUUAGACAAGCUAUACUGCAAGGGAACGAACCUGAAUAUGACAAGACGAUAGCAUUGAAAGAAAUUGAUAGGACCCAGUUGUGGUUACUUAGAGCUGGAAAAUUACCCAAUGGAUCAAAUACAAACAUUCUUCCACCGUCCAAUUUGAAUAAUUUGAAUGGAAAUACGAAUGGGCACGUCAAUACGCAUACACCAAACAAACAGAUCCGACAAACUCAGCCUGUAGCAUCAUUAGCAUCAUUGAAGGUGAAAAUGCCCAAGUCUACACCGAUCACAGAUAAAACAGUCAUUGAGAUACCUGAUUCUCCAUCUCCUAUACCGCAACCUACCAAGCCUGCUAAAGCAACUGGGAUAUGUCCAUUUUGCGAGGCUUCUUGUGGAAUGACCAUACGUGAUUGCGUAGAACGUAAUGGCGGUAGGAAAGCGCUGAAAAUGAAAAUCAGAGGAUGUGAAGAUAGGAUUCAAGGUGGGGAUGGAUCGAGGGGGAUAAGGGAUAUUCAACAGGCUUUGUAUUCCGUUUAUAGGAGUUGGCCGAGGGAUCAAAGAUAG